AUGCGGCACAUGGCUCGUGACACAUAUUGGGCUGGGCCCCUAAAAUUCCUUCUAUCCUUCAUGGAUGCUGCUGCAACCGCUGCCGGCUGGCUGUCCUUUAUGGUCACUGCAGUCGGGCUUGGUUCUCUCAUCACUCAAGCGAGUGCUAUCCAGGACCGUUUAGAUCCAUACCACACCUCUCGGACUGAGGAGCACUUGGGAAAUUGGAUCAAACGUCAGCCCAGGAAGGCAUGGAAUCGAAUUGCGCAGCCCACACCGGUCGGUCCUUUCAUGUAUGCAAAGCUCACUGAUGGGUUCUGUGGUUUCAAUGUCAUCGCCGUUAGCAGACUCCCGCUGGAGAAGCCUGGAAAAGCCAGCUGGACCGCUCUUCUUGCGGUUUUUCACCAGCGAGCACCGUCUCCAGUCUACGGGGCAGACGCUAAGACCGAACUUGCUGCUGAGCAUUUGGAGAAGAGGCCGACUUCCUGCACAAUUACUAUUGAACCCGAUUUGUGCCCCCGUCAUGAACUACAGUCAUGGGCAUCUCUGCAGGCUCGUCCUCUCACACUUCAUGGUUCGACAACGUGCAUCGUGAUCUCCCGCACUACGCUGAUCACGAUCUUUGCUCUCUGCAAUGGCCGAACAAUGUUCCGCUACAGUGACGCUAGCGGUCACCGGGCCUCGUAUGCCUCAUAUUGUGGGCACUUCUAUAUCGAAUGGCCUCUGGGUGCCGCUGCCGUCGUCCACUUCCACCCUCACGACUCUCAUAACACAUCGACAGACGUCUAUCCUUUGACGUUCCGGGUGCGAGUGAACAAAUGUGUCCAGAUGAUGGCCGGAGUCAUCACUUCAGCUGAUGGGACGUCAUUCCAAUGUGCUUUCCCAGGUCGAAAGCCACCUGGAACCUGGAUGUUGGAGUAUCAACGCAAAGGAUUUCCAGGCGCACAUGGAAGCCGGCAUCUCUACAACUUAAUGGGUGGUAAAGUAUACGAAGUCGACUUUCUCUUAGCCCGACGAAUGGAUGAAGAGCGUCCGUCUGGUGCCAUUGAGCUUCGUUUGCCGAGUACAGAGAAAAACAUUCAAGUAUCAAUGCUCGUUCCAACGAUGGAACAAGGAAUACUGGAACAUACAUUGGAUUGCUUGCCUUGGUCUUCUCUGUCGUGGUCUAUCCACCGCGGUCUUCGCGACAUUCUUGUUGCAUACGCCAAACCGACAAUGGACGAACUCCGUCCAAACAUAGCAUCAAGGCUUCGUGAAUUCAUCCACGAGCAGCCACAGCGGCUUGAAGCAAAUGGAUGGUCGGCGGAGUUCGUCAGAGGGGCUAUGGCUGAACUCGCUGCCAGCUCUGUUCUCGCCGGUAGUGGGAACUCUGGAGACUCGGUGAGAGUGGUGACAGAUGCCGCGUUACUUCUCUCAGACAAAGAUCCGUCAGUACUAGACGAGACGAAUUUUUGGAGAGAGGAACGACACAGUUUGAGCAAAGGAUCGGCGCUAUCAACGAGUGCAAUCAUCGCGCUUACGAAAUGUUUUGUGUUGGAAUGGAGCAAUGAAUUCGAUUAUCAGAUGUACCAUGACUUACCUCCGGAGCUACUAUUUCAUUAA